AUGCAGGUCAUCGCCGCUGGCCUCCCACGAUGCGCAACCUCUUCGCUUCAGGCUGCCCUGGAGUCUUCUCAUCUGGGAUAUUUUCCCUGCAUGCACAUGGCCCAUGUGAUGCCCAGCAACGAGCGAGCCGAACGCGUCCUCGAAGCCAUGCGGGAAAAUGAUAAGGAGAAGCGACAGGCACUUCUGCACAAGAUUUUUGAUGGCUACCAGGCCACUGCCGACUUCCCUGGCUUCUGGUUCAUCGAUGAUCUCAUGGACAUGUAUCCAGACGCCAAGCUGGUCUUGAACCAGCGAAAGGGAGGCGACGAGUCUUGGCUACAGAGCUGGAACAGCAGCAUUGCGUUCUUCCGCACCUGGACGUAUCUGUUGCUCUGCCUGCCCGUGAAGAACGAUCGUCUUCACUGGCAUAUGCACUAUAUAGCAAAGAAGCAAAUGGGAGAGCGAUGGCACACAAACGACCUGGACGGCUUCUAUGAUGCAUACCAGAAGUUCGUGCUCGAAGAGGCCAGGAAGCGGAACCGCGAGGUUUUGACUUGGACAGCCGAGGACGGCUGGGAGCCGCUGUGCAAGUUCUUGGGCAAAGAUGUUCCAAAGGAGGCGUUUCCCUGGGUCAAUGACGCCGCAACCAUGAAGUUCAUCCAGAGGAUCCUCAUCGCGAGAGGAGUGGCAUCGUGGCUAGCGAUCCUUGGCGGUGCUUAUGCGGCAUGGACGUAUGGACCAUCUCUUGUGCAGAAUGCAUCGGUUCUUGUCCAGCACUUGCUGCGGCAAUCUCGUCAGCUGCUGUAA